AUCAAGCACUUAGAUAUUUGUAUUGAUUUCUGACAUUUAUUUUAGCCAACAUAAGAAAAUAAAAACCCAUCAUUUACGAUUCAAUCAAAACAAAACUGUGAGAUAAGGUGUAAAUUUUUUGCUUGAAUGAGUGACAUUCCAUUAAUUACAAAAUGCAAAAAUAUGAGAAAUUAGAAAAGAUUGGUGAAGGUACUUAUGGUACAGUGUUUAAAGCGAAAAAUAGAGAAACCCAUGAAAUUGUUGCGUUAAAGCGAGUUCGCUUAGAUGACGAUGACGAAGGGGUACCAUCAUCAGCUCUACGUGAAAUUUGUCUUUUGAAAGAAUUAAAACAUAAAAACAUUGUACGAUUAUACGAUGUAUUACACUGCGAUAAAAAGCUGACAUUAGUUUUUGAGCAUUGUGAUCAAGAUCUAAAAAAAUACUUUGAUAGUUUAAAUGGUGAAAUUGACUUGGAUGUUGUUAAAUCGUUUAUGUAUCAAUUGUUGCGAGGAUUAGCCUUUUGUCACUCACACAAUGUACUUCAUCGAGAUUUGAAACCUCAAAACUUGCUUAUUAAUAAAAAUGGCGAGUUAAAAUUAGCAGAUUUUGGAUUGGCUCGAGCAUUUGGAAUCCCAGUAAAAUGUUAUUCAGCCGAAGUAGUGACAUUAUGGUAUCGUCCUCCAGAUGUGUUAUUUGGAGCAAAAUUGUAUACUACAUCGAUUGAUAUGUGGUCUGCCGGUUGUAUAUUUGCUGAGUUAGCAAAUGCUGGAAGGCCAUUAUUUCCAGGAUCAGAUGUUGAUGAUCAACUGAAAAGAAUUUUUAAGCUUCUUGGAACUCCAACAGAAGAGACAUGGGCUGGCUUAUCCCAAUUACCUGAUUACAAGUACUUUCCAAUAUAUCAUCCAAGUAUGAGUUGGUCACAAGUAGUACCUAAAUUACCUGGAAAAGGUAGAGAUCUACUUCAAAGACUAUUAGUUUGUAAUCCUACACUUCGUAUGUCCGCUGAGGAUUCAAUGGCUCAUCCUUACUUUUCAGAUUUAAAUCCUUCCAUUAAAAAUGAUCGUUCAUAGUUUUAAAUUGAAUUCAUCUAGUCAUUUUCAUUUGUAUCAUAUCCAUUUUAUUUAUUUCAU